AUGUUCAUAGAAUAUGCCGCGAAAGGCCGCAGUACUCGGGAAAAGGAACUCAUCGACUCGCGGGCCAGAGCGCAUGCUGCGAAACACGCAUGGUCGUCGAAGCUACGAGGAUCGCGGCGGUCUACGGGUGCUCCACGACGGGCAGACAGGACUGGUGAAGCUGAGUCUCAGAAAUCAGAAAGUUCGACUACUACACCGGCUGCAACGCCCAGCGGGACGAUCAUCCCCAUCCGCGCAGAUCAAUCGCCUCAGCAGGCACUCUCCCAGAUCUCCCGAUCGGAAGUUUCUCUCACCCCAGAAGAGAACUGGCAAUUCGCACAGGCCUUAUUUGGAGCGGUUCCUGCUCCAGUCAACUCAUAUCCAGUACCUCUUGACAACAACAAGAUUCGUUCAAUCGAGUACUUUCCAAAGUUGUGGUCGCGAUGGGCCGCAGAUGUCAUACCCAAUCACGAAGACCGCGAAGCAGCUACACAAGUCGCAGUAAGGAGUAUCGUCCAGCGCUGCCUGACUGACGAGCUUCAUAUGAACGCAUUCAUGUCCUACGUCCUGCAGCGAGCGCCCAAUGUCGACGCGACGAAAGUUACGCUGACUCAGAACGCUGUCAAGGCUCUUGUGGAGCUCCGGGCGCGCAUUGAGGGAGGAAUGGCUACUUUGGAGGAGGUCGUGUGGCCCAUCAUAUUCCUGGCGCACUAUGAGCUUUUCGGCUCGCAAACAGUAUGGGCAGGCCGGGCUCAUCUGAAAGCAAUCGUCGAAUUAGGUGGUAUGGAGUAUCUAGAUGAGGUCACCAAGGUCUAUCUGCGGCGACUGGACAGGGGCUGGUGGUCUGACUAUCCGUCGAUCUUCACGAAGCCGAGUUCUCCGCGUCCUGCGUGGGAGCCAUUGAUAUCUGGCAAUGUGACGGACAGUGCUGGUAUUGGUUUUCUGGACCAUGCUGACAUCUUGGGCACAACGCUCACAAGACUGCUGCCCCUCGUGAUCGACGCCGUCCGUGCCGGUAUUCUUUGCAAAGAGCUCUGGGCACAGGGAUCCGAAGAUUCGGUCAUGCAGAACAAAGUCAUUCGCAGAUGUCAGGACCUGAUGGAUACCCUCCGGGAACAGCUGCCCGCCAACUCCGAGAGGACAGCAUGCAUCUAUCCUUCGAUGAUCUGGCUGCAGUAUAUGACUUGGGCCAUGAGAGAUCUCCUGACGAAAGCAAGCUCAGCUGUGGCAGCUUACCGGAACAUCACCAGCCACGCGCACCCGAACUUGCUGCGAUGCGUCGAACAAAGUUCCCAAUGCUAUGAACUGCUAUUGUGGGCAGCUAUGGUGGGGAUCACAACUGCCUCCGACGUGAACGACAGGGUCAGAUAUGCACGACGAGCACUAAUCCUAGCAAGUGUCGCUGAUGUCUUUGAUCUGAAAAGCUGUCUACAGAAGUUCGUUUGGUUCGAAGAGUGCCCCAUCAUCGACUGGGAGUUGAUAUGUGCUGCAUGUGAUGAGGCGGUCAGGUCGGAUAGCACUUUGGCAACAAGUUGGUGGCUAGCAACUCGGGCAGUCCUUAUGUCGACUCCGAGUCCUGCUAUCGCGCUGCUCGAGCCUGGGUGA